AAAUCGUAGGGGCGGGACUAAACUCGAGCUACCUUUCUCUAUGUUUGAGGAAGUGAUUUUCAGUCCCCCAGCCGGAGAGAAGAAGAAAAGCCAAGAUGUCGGACAGCCGCGCAGAAAAAGGCUCCACUGCCACAGACAGUGUGGCGACUACAGAGAAUUUCACAGAGACUGAUUCUUUCUUUAGCAGCUCUUUAGCUCUGGAUCCAGCGGAGGAGUACAAGAUGACCAACAAGCGGCGAGGCCUCGCCCUAAUUUUUAACCAGGAGCGUUUCUUCUGGCGCCUGGGCCUGAGCAACAGAAAUGGAACCAACGCCGACCGCUACAACCUGGAGAAGAGGCUGCUGGAGCUCAACUUUGAGGUCAGGGGUUAUGACAACUUGAAACAGGAGGAGGUCCUGGAAAGAAUCCAUGAAGCUGCCGAGGGCGACCACUCAGACGCUGACUGCUUCCUGCUCGCCUUCCUGAGCCACGGCGAGGACGACCACGUUUACUCAUAUGACGGCAAGAUCAGCAUCCAACACAUCACCUCCAUGUUCAGAGGCGACAAGUGCAAGACCCUCGUAGGGAAACCAAAGGUCUUCAUUGUGCAGGCGUGCCGCGGGGACCAACACGACGUUCCUGUCACCGCCUGUGACGUGGUGGACAACGAGGUGAAGACGAACGAGACGGUGGUGGACGCCUGCGCCAUCCAGACCCUCCCUGCCGGAGCGGAUUUCAUCAUGUGUUACUCUGUAGCUGAAGGUUUCUACUCCCACAGAGAGACCGUCAACGGCUCCUGGUACAUCCAGGAUCUGUGUGAGUUGCUUCGGAAGCACGGCGGCUCCCUGGAGUUCACGGAGCUGCUCACGCUGGUCAACAGAAAGGUUUCGAUGAGGAGCGUGGGGAACAGCAACGACCGCAGCGCUAUCGGAAAGAAGCAGGUGCCGUGUUUUGCUUCCAUGCUCACCAAGAAACUAUACUUCCGAAAGAAGAAGUAACGUCCAGACAAACCAGCCAACCGCCAAGGUUCAGUCCAUCUGAAGGGCCUUGGUCUUUCAGAUGAUGCUGCGGGUUUUAGCUUUGCUUCAGUCCACUAAGAUCAGAAUUAAUGCUGUACUUUUAAGAACGCCUAAAAUGUCCAACUAGACGAUUUAAAAAGAAACAUUCCAUUCGUAAAUUACACUGUCUGUAAACUGUCAGGGAGUUUUUUUAGGUUUAGUGCUUCAUUUUUUCCGUAAUGAAUUUUGUGAGGUGGGUUACCGGCGUAACGACCUGCUGGGUUCGGGGGUUUUCUCUUCUCAGGUUUUUCCUAAGAGGCUACAGCAGAUUCAUAUGGAGUCAAAUUUGUUCCGUUAUUUUUACAAAAAAACAAUUUUUUUUAAUGGAUAUUUGAAAAAAAAGGGCAAUCAAUCAGAAAUAUAACUUUGAAAACUUGUUUAUCAAAAAACAUUUUUUGAUUAAGAUUCACUCAAAAGCUUAUUUUGACUUUCCUGUGUCCUGAUUUAAAUUUUUUCCCCCCAUGUAUUAAUGAAAGAAUAUUCACUCCAUUAUUCAUUUCUAUCUAAGCAGCUAACGGUACAGGCAGUCUGAAUACAAGUCCAUUCCUUAAA